AUGGUGAAGCGGGACCAUUUUUCCAAGUUGGCUUCUGAAAAUGCCAAAGACAGAGUUCAGGCAGCAAAUGCCUUGAUGCAAGAGUUGAUCAAGGAAGACUCACCCGAGGAAUGGGACUACACUUACAAUCGUUUAAUCAAAGGUUUGACUUCAACAAGACAAACUGCCAAAUUGGGGUUUGGAAUGCUCUUAACCGAAGUUGUAUCCGAGUUAAAAGGACGAGGCGAGAUGACCGUGAACAAGUACCUUGACAAAUUGAAUGAAGUGACUGCUGUUAAAAGCGGGAUGAAGGGAAAAGAAGAACGAGCUCUUUUAUUUGGCCGCUUGUUUGGACUAAAUGUCGUGAUUAAAGUUGGAUGGCUUGAGAAAGCUAGCGAAGCUGAAUGGGUGCCGUUUAUUGAUGCUUUGAUUGACUUAAUGGCGACAAAGCCGUGGAUACGUGAAGCAGCCGCUGCUAGUUUGGUUGGUGUUAUCAAGACGGCAAAUUCAAAUUCGAAAAUUGCCAAUACGGUCUACUUGAAGGUUUUGCAAAAGUUGAAUGAUCUUGGGUUGAACCUUUCCACUGAAGGGUUGGCUGUAUACUUGGCUAUAGAUAGGGACGUUAGAUCAACACUUGCCCAAAAGAUUGUCAAUCCUAAAUCGAAUUGGAAAAAUGGCGAUCCCCUUCACAAGGGUAACCUACCAAUACUAGCCAAAGUUUUGAAAGAUGUUGAGGUUAUUGAUGAAGAUUCUGAGGAUAGGAAACAAAAGAGCAACUGGAACCCGCAAUUGCCAUUUGUAUGGGAUAUUCUUAUUGAUGACUUUGUUAGCGGUAGUAACAAGGUAAAGGAACCGGCAAAGAAGAAGCAUAAAACAAAGAACAGUAGUUCCAAAGAUAGAAAUGAGGACGUAAUUGGGUUGAAGGAAUUUUACAAAGUCGUAGUUGAUGAAUCCUUGUUUUCGGAAAAAUCAUCACAUGAGAGAAAGUACUGGGGGUUUGAAAUUUUUAUUAAAUUCUUAGGUAAACUUGAUCACGACUUAGAUUUCUUAUUUACUCCCAACUUUAUGAGAUGCUUGAUCAAUCAAUCUUCCCACAAGUCGCGCACGCUACAUGAUAUUGCCGUUAAAGUUUUGUUGGCGAUAACUGAAAAAGGAUCAUAUUCAGAAAAAGUAGCGCCUACAUUGCUCAAGUGUUUGUUGAAUGAGUCGAAUGGUGGGUGUUGGAACUUUGAUUUAGUUACAAAAUCACGCACUGUGGAUGGGAUUUUGUCCACGUCCAAUAGUGAAAAUAUAGUCGUGGUUAUAUCCAAGUUUACCGAUAUGUUACAAGACCAAAACGUCACCGAUGGGUUCAAAUACUCCAAUGAUAAUGUUCUCAAGUGGUGUCUUGAUAAAUUGGUGCAUUUGGUCAAAUUUAACAGGGAGGACGAUACUGUGGUGCAACGAAUUAUUGAAUUAUUGAUAAGAUAUGCCUUUUUUGAACUGGAUGUGUCUCCUAAUAUCAGGAAAUUGGCUCAAGAAAAGUUGAAUUCGAUUCUUUCUGAAGUUUUAUCUCGCGACAGCGGUAGUACUGCAUCAUGGCCUAGAUAUUGUGUUGAUCAAAUCAUGCUGUUGCAAAAGACUAAUAAAUGCUUGGUGGAGUUUGAUGAGGAAUUGGCGGCAGUGCGUGAUGCCACUAGUGAUAUUUUACAAUCAAGUGGUGACUCAAGUGGUAGUUCAAGUGGCAAUGACUUUCAUGAUGUUUUUGAGUUACUAUUCUCAAUGUGUUUUAUUCAAUUGUAUAUGGGCGAUGAAGAAAUUGUUCAAAUAACUCACGAAUUGAUCUCACUUUAUGAGAACCAGGUGGACAAAUCACAAAAGGAUGAUGAUAACGAUAAUGUAGAUACUGCAUUGGUGAUGACUGAAAUCCUUCUAAGUUUUAUUACUCGAAAGAGCACCUUGUUGAAAAGAUUGUCGAUGAUUGUGUGGGAUCAUUUCCUUUGUGGGACUGAUGAUAAGGGGCAGUUGAGAAUUAAUGAUGAGUGUUUUGGGUUGUUGUUUGAUGUGUUGAAGACAAAGGAGAAUAAAGAGGGACAGAAGCAGUUGUUUGAGAAUGAUGAUGAGAUGGUUGUGGAUGGCGAAGAUGAGGAGGAAGAAGACGAUAAAGAAGAGGAGAGGGAAGACAAUAACGAAGAGGAUGAGGAAGAUGACGACGACGACGACGAUAACGAUGAGGACGAUGACGAUGAUGAUGAUGGUGACGAGACUGCCAACAACACCAUGACGGACGUCGACAAGGAAACCAAUCUCAAGCUUGCAAAAGCCUUAGGUAUACCCACAGCUGAGUCUGGAGAAGUCAAAUUUGAUGAGCUUUCGGAUCUCGAUUCAUCCAACGACGAAUAUGAAAGUGACUCAAUGGACGAUGAACAAAUGAUGGCUAUGGAUGACCAAUUGUCCAAGAUUUUCAAAGAAAGACAAGAUAUAUUGAGCAGUGUUAGUUCAGGAAACAAAAGAAAGACUGAAGUUCAUGAAGCACGUGUAAAUAUGAUUUUUUUCAAAAAUAGAGUUUUAGAUUUAUUGGAGAGUUUUACAAGACACCAUCCAAACUCCAUCUACAACUUGAAGUUUAUUGAUCCUGUUGUCAAUUUGAUCAAUUUGACCUUGGACAAGAAUUUGGGGGUGAAAGCACACAAGUUUUUAAAGACACGGAUCAGCAAGACCAAAGUAUAUACUGUUGAUGGACCUACUAGUAUCAAGAAUGUCCCUGAUUUUACUCAAUGGGCAAAAGAGAUGGUUAAAAAUUUGCAACACCAAGCCGCCACUACCAAAUCAUCAAACCAAGCGGUUAUUUCUAGCUAUAACCAGAGCUGUAUUGUCCUAGCCAAGAACUUGAUAGGAGUUGAUCAUUCUCAGUUGGAACUGGCUUUUGCCAUUGCUGCACAAGCUUUAAGAAACUCGUUGAAGCCUGAAUUCAAAGCCGCUGUUGAAAGAAGAGGUGUUGUUGAAGCUAAAGUUUCCGUCUUCGAAAAUGGUAACGCUGGUGAACCAAGAGAAUUGAAACCAAUUGACAAAUAA